CGUAUAAGGUCGAGAUUGGCAGCAAAGAGUGUGUUUAAUUUUUCGCACUUUUUGUGAUAACCUACCUUAGGCAUCGUUCAUAAACAUGACGCAUUAAGCCUCAUUCAUUUCACGACGCAAUCUCUGGACUGUUCUUUGACGCCUUCGAGUCAUGGAACAAAGAGGACGCAGAGCAUGGAAGGAGCGACAGCGCUGGUUUGCAUUUAUGGUGGUUUUGGAUAUUCUCUGUGGCGGAGCGUCUGCACAGAUCCGAUAUUCGAUAUCUGAAGAAGUCCCAGAUGAAACCGUCGUUGGAAAUAUAGCCAAGGACUUGGGACUAGAUAAGAAUGCGCUCAAGGAGAGAGGAUAUCGCAUUGUCACGGGCACAACUGAACCCCUGUUUGAGGUGAAUCAAAAUGAUGGCAUUUUAUAUGUAAAAAGAAGGAUAGACAGAGAGGAGGUGUGUGACCGGAACAGUCCGUGUUUGAUCAAUCUGAAGACCGUGUUAGAAAACCCGCUGGAGAUCCACUAUGUGGCCGUGGAAAUACUUGAUAUAAACGACCACUCGCCUGCUUUUCCAGAAAAAGAGAAAAGGCUUGAAAUUUCUGAGUCGGCCUUGCCAGGAGCGAGAUUUCAGCUGCAGGCUGCGCGUGACAACGAUGUCGGCCAGUUCUCCAUCCAGCAAUAUAAACUCAGCCAUAACGAAUAUUUUAGAUUAGAAGUGAAGGAUAGAGGGGAGGACCGUAAAGUACCGUUUUUAGUUCUGCAGAAACAGCUCGACAGAGAAACAGCCGGCAAACACAAGCUGGGUUUAACAGCAGUUGAUGGAGGAAAACCGGCGAAGUCUGGCGCGAUAGAAAUAACAGUGGAUGUACUUGAUGUUAAUGAUAACUCCCCGGUGUUUACCAGAGAACUGUACUCUGCGACACUUCAAGAAAACGUUCCCGUUGGAACUGUAGUUAUUCAAGUAAAUGCGACCGAUUUGGACCAGGGUGCAAAUGGCGAAAUAAUAUAUUCAUUUGGUAACGAAGUUGAUAUAAAAUUAAUGGAUGUCUUUACUAUAGAUGCAAACACCGGUGAAAUUACAGUAAAGGGUCGGAUAGAUUUCGAGGAAAGUCAAAGCUAUGAAAUUGACAUUCAGGCGUCUGAUAAGGGACAAGUUCCUCUAACAACGGACAAAAGUGUUGUAAUAACUGUUAUUGAUGUUAAUGAUAAUGCACCUGAGAUAGAAGUGACAUCAUUUUCGAGCUCUAUCAAGGAGGAUUCAAAGAUAGGAACUACAGUGGCCCUGAUCAGUGUCAGUGAUUUAGACUCAGGAAUCAAUGGCAAAGUCAUUUGCACGAUAAAAGAAGAUGUUCCUUUUGCCUUAUCUCCAUCACUGCAAGAAAACAUGUACGCUGUUGUGACCAGGUCGCACCUGGACAGAGAAACUGUUUCUCAGUUUGAUGUUACAAUUAUUGCGAAAGACACAGGUGAGCCGUUAUUUUCAAGUCAAAAGACCAUAAGGGUUCUAGUGUCAGAUGUAAACGACAACGUUCCACAGUUUACAUCAAACCCAUAUGACUUUUAUAUCACAGAGAACAACAGUCCAGGAGCUUCAGUGUUUUCAGUAAAAGCUUCUGAUCGUGAUGACAGCGAAAAUGCUCUCAUUUCCUAUCAUAUUCUCAGAGAUGCAAACGUAGAUAAUAAGUUGGCUUCAUUUUUAAAUAUUAACUCUGAAAAUGGGGAUAUUAUGGCGCUCAAAAGUUUUGACUUUGAGACUCUGAAAACGUUCCAGUUCCAAGUCGUGGCCACAGACUCUGGAACUCCGUCACUGAGCAGCAACGUCACAGUGAACGUGUUCAUUCUGGAUCAGAACGACAACGCUCCAGUCAUCCUGUAUCCAGUCAGCUCCAACGGCUCUGCUGAAGGUGUGGAGGAGAUUCCCCGCAAUGUGAACGCAGGACACUUGGUGACUAAAGUCAGAGCCUAUGACGCUGAUAUAGGAUAUAACGGCUGGUUACUCUUUUCACUGCAGGAAGUCACUGACCACAGUCUCUUUGCUUUGGACCGCUAUACAGGACAGAUCAGAACACUUCGCUCAUUCACAGAGACAGACGAGGCUGAGCACAAACUGCUCAUACUGGUCAAAGACAAUGGGAACGUUUCCCUCUCAGCAACAGCUACUGUGAUUGUCAAAGUGGUGGAGCCCAAAGAGGCUUUUGCAGCCUCUGAUGUUAAAAGUGCAGCCAAAGAUGAUGAGGGGAAUGAUGUGACUUUUUAUCUCAUCAUAACUUUGGGCUCAGUUUCAGUCCUUUUCCUCAUCAGUAUCAUCGUGCUGAUUGCAAUGCAGUGCUCCAAAUCCACAGACUACACUUCUAAAUAUCUACAAGAGGCUAAUUAUGACGGGACACUGUGUCACAGCAUCCAGUACAGAUCUGGAGACAAACGCUACAUGUUAGUUGGACCCAGAAUGAGUAUAGGAUCUACUAUAGUCCCUGGCAGUCACGCAAAUACUCUGGUCCUUCCUGACAGGAGGAGGACAUCUGAAGAGGUAAGACACAUUUACGCUCAAACUUUAGUGUGA